UAUUAUUAUUUAUUGCUUCAAAAUUUGAAAUAUUAAAACAUAAUUACCCAUAAAUACAAAUUAAUUAUAUGUAGCGCAAAUAAUACAUUUGAAUGAAGAAAAUAGAGAAACGUAUUCAAAAAAUACAUUUGACAAAAACAGACGAUUUCAUUGUGAAUUUAUUUCUACCAAUUGCAUAUUUAGGCUGUUUAACACAUACAAAAAACAUCCGAUGGACAAGGACUUGAUUUUGUUUAAAAAAAAAUAAAAUAAAAUAAUAAUAAUAUGUGGAACAUCCUUGUGGAGUUCAGCCCCCUCUCACCAUGUGUUUCCUAAGCCUCUGUUAUCAGGAGACACUGUUGUCCAGGAAACAACAGUAAAGACUCAAUUCCACAAAAAAUUAAUCCCAGAUAUAGAGAUUUCUCUCACCUUUUGAAUUCCUCCUUGGUAAUUUUUGGGUUCAGUAUUCAAGUUAAUGCUAUAAUUACAUUUAUCAUCAUCUGACUUGUCUAUCACUUCUGAAGAUGAAAGAUUGCCAUGUCAUAGACAUACAAAAUGGUUUUCAGCCCCCUGAUUUAUAAUCAAAAUGGAAAGUACCAUCACCAUCAUGCCUCUAGACAUGCAAUUAAUUAAGGACAAGCCAAAACUUGCAUUCUAAUGAAUAGUGGGCUCGUGUUUAGCCUAUCACUAUAGUGAUGAAACAAAGAAACUGUCAGAAAACAAGGUGUGUUUGCCAUUGUAAGUGAUUGUUCCCAGACUUUGUUCAAGACAGGAAAAACACAAGACCCACCACUGAGGGUAACCCUGAGUAAAACUUUAACAUUAAUAUUGGCAUAUGGGUUAUAAUCACAUUUAAAUCAGCCAAAUAAGGCAAUUUCUGCCAUGUAAGACAAAACAAAUGCUUUGGUAAAUCAUAAAAAAGUCAAAAUUAUGACAUAAAAAGUGGAAACUAUUAGAUAAAAUGUCAUAAUUGAUAAAAUGUUUAAACUCUACUUAAGUUUCUUUUCCAUUAAAAUACCUUAUCAUGCAUGUUUGCAGUCUUCCAGUAAAUCAACAGGUUACACAAAACCCCUGAAUAUUUCACUCAACAAGACGUGAAAAGGGAUAUUUAGUCUUGAGUAUUUAUUUCAUUCAGCAUCUACAGCAGGGCUUGCUAUUAGUUUCCGCUAUCCUGUUAUGUAACCCACACCUUAUAAAGUGAAAAAUAAAUAGGCUAUUCUAUUUUAAUACACAUUUAAGCACAACAUCCCUUUAAUUUUCCAUGAGCAGAACUCUUCUGGGGCGAACGGUUCAUCAAACAGGAAUGCCUUGUCGCUCCAUCCCUGAGGCACAACAUGCAGACAGACUCAACAAAAACAACAACAACUGUGCUUUAGAGGGGGAUGGGACGUUAUUACCUGAAGUUGCAGGGCAAGACUAACCGUUCAGCCCUAAACUUGCUCCAUUAUAGCUCUAAAUACAAGAAGGCUCUGCAGUGUUACAGUUGGAGUGAUUUUAAAAGGGAUACUGUUUAUUUUGUUUGGUUAAUUUGAUAAUAGAGCUAGUUUAAGCUGAAGUUCAGGGUGAGGAUUCAGGAAAUUGAGGAUGACAGGGCUGCCCUUGCUAAAUAUACUACAUUCAUUCACCAAUAGUGUCCUUGUUCGUACAGGACUACCAAACACAUUUGCCUGAAGCUCGUUUGCUAUCAUGGCGAGAAUAAAGUAGGAUGUCUCACUCCAUCUAGUGGUUCCUCUUUGCAACGACGUUCAUUUGGGAUACAAAGAUAUAAAAUUACACUGGACAACUGCAUACAAGAGAAAGCACUUUCUGAGUGAAUAUGGAGAAUGGAGAGGCUGUUGGAUUCUCUUCACAAUCUCUCCACCAAUUUCCCUUGUGAAUGCCUGAGGCAAACACCUGAGCUUUACAGAUCACCUAAACCCUGCAUUUAUCCACGUGUCCAGCUGUGUUCAUGGCCAGUUCAACAUGGGUCUUUCAUAACAGAAAGGGGCUCAGCAGGCAUGGAGCCUCUCAGCCUGCAGGUGCUGGUGGUUGUAACAGGGAGCUUCCUGGGCUUCCAGUGGCUGUUCCACAGAGGUAGCCCUUGGGUGUCUCAGCAACUCUGCAAAGGCUUCCUUAGGCUCAGCCCUACACAAAGGACGGAGUGGAACUCCAGGGCCGUCUCAACAGUGCACGCCUUGGUUGUGGGACUUUUCUGUCUCUACAUAUAUAUCUUUGAUGAAUUCAUCCAGAAAGACCCAGUCUGGGGAGACGCCACACUGGUGAAACUAAACGUGGCCAUUACCUCAGGUUAUCUAAUUUCAGAUCUCCUGCUCAUGUUUACUUCAUGGGAGUCAAUUGGAGAGAAAUACUUUGUCAUACAUCAUUUUGCUGCUCUCUAUGCAUACUACUAUGUGCUGAGUCAAGGGAUAUUGCCUUACUUUGCUAAUUUCCGUCUGCUCUCAGAAUUCUCCACCCCCUUUGUCAACCAGCGUUGGUUUUUUCACAUGUUGGGCUACCACAAACUCUCCAGACCGAGUUUGGUUAAUGGUGUCACCAUGGCAUUUACAUUCUUCUUGGUGAGGAUCGCAGUCAUUCCGGGCUACUACAGCCAUAUGUACUCAAUCUUUGGCACAGAUGACUUCUACAAGUUACCUCUGGGAGGCCGCAGUGCCUGGGUUAUUUCUAGUGUGUCUUUGGAUGUUAUGAACAUCAUGUGGAUGCGCAGAAUCAUCCGUGGAUGUCUCAAAGUCCUUCACUCAGCCUGGUCGAGAAAAGCAGGAACUGAAAUGGAAACUAGAAAGACAGACUGACGUGGAGAUACAAAUAUAAACUGAACACAUCAGCACACAAACUGUCCAUCUUGUAUCAUGUCCAACCUGAUGCUGGAGUGCAAAUGCUGCUGUAAUGCCAUGACUUCAGUUUUGAGCUGACAAAUCAAGAGCUUAGAAAGUCAGUCAAUGUAUUAAUGACUUAAAAGAUGUCAUCUUCAAAUAUGGGCACAACUGGAGGAAUUAAGUCACAAACAAUCUUUCAGUUUAAAAAGAAAAAUCAGGUGAUUAAGAGGCAAGGGACUGAUCACAUGUACAAUUAGGACAAUAGUUGUGGUUGCACUAUUUAUUAUAAAGCUGCUAUUAAGAUCAACCAACUUGCCUUUAUGAAUGCAAUCAACAAAGCAACAGCACAUCUGAACUUCCACAAAGAUACACUGUGUGCCUGUAGACCACGAUACACAACUUUUUUACUACAAUAUGGAUAGGGUUGGGUAUGCAGAGAAAUAUAAUGGCCAUUAUAAAUGUAGUGGAAAUGGGUUAAAUGAAUAGGCGAAAGAUCCUGCUUUUGCAGCUCAGCAGUGCAGGAUAUUGUACUCAAGAAACCAUGCAUGUCUGCAUAUAAUUAAUAUAAUUAUUGCAUAUAUGGAGAAUACUAUGUAUGGAGAGUAUUAUAUGUCUGGAAUGGAAAACAUAUCAGGUGACACAAUGUUAUAUAAUAUAAGUGCUUCUGAAAAUCUAUAACUUGAUGCAGCAGUGUAUAAGCUUUUUGCUUGUAGUAUGUGGUUUGUGGGUUAGAUUUGGAAUAAUGACAAUUAUAAUAUGUAAGCUUCAAUAAGAAAAGGCUUUUCAGGUUACUUCACCGUUAUGUAGGCCUAUGCAGUUAAAAAAACGCAAUAGGAUUCUUGAAAAAGGUGUAUGAGCUAUUCCAACUGAAUGAAUACUGUGAUGUCAAAAAUACUUAUGGAAGUGACUGGACAUGUGUGUUUCUGUGGUGUGACAAUGUUUUAAUUUAAAUAAACUUCUCAGUUUUACACUUUAUACAA